AUGGCGCAAAAACUGUCGAACGCCUAUGUCGAUCCUUCCCAACCUGGCUCGUUAGGAGGUGUGGCUAAAUUUGCCAAAGCCCAUGGACUCGCUCAAUCCAAAGCUCGUCAAGUGUUAGAAACCAUGUUGAGUUACACGUUACACAAGUCCCGACGUCGUCAUUUUCCAACCUUGCCCGUCAUGGUCUUUAAAGUCGAUCAACAGUGGGUGAUGGAUCUGAUGGACGUCCAGAAAUUAGCCAAAUGGAAUAAAGGUCACCGAUACAUUUUAACCGUGGUGGAUGUCCUGUCCAAAUGUGUCUCGACCAUUCCCAUCAAAAACAAAACAGGUGCGGUGAUGGUGCGAGCAUUACAGACGUUAUGGAAACAAGCUAGCCCCAGACAACCUCAACGGGUGCAAUCAGACGACGGGACAGAGUUCAUGAACGCUAAGAUGCAAGCCUUUUUUUAAAAAACACCAAGUAGACCAUUUUUCCACCCAAGGGGAUACAAAAGCCGCUUUAGCUGAAGUGUUGAUUAAAACGUUAAAAACCAAACUGUACCGUUAUUUUACUGCUGCCAAUACCCGCACCUACUUGAAAGCCCUUCCCCUCAUCGUGGAGCAAUACAAUCACACGGUUCAUUCCAGUUUUCAAGAAAAACCUGCUCAUGUAACCCCGGACAAUGAAUAUUUGAUUUCGAAUCGAUUGUAUAAAAAGCGGUUACGCAAACGGGCUCAUCCUAAACUGCGUGUGGGAGAUAAAGUACGGUUAAACAAAAAACAUCGGGUGUUUCAAAAAGGGUAUUUGCCUGCUUGGACAGAAGAAGUCUUUUUAGUCCAUGGAAUUUCAACCAUCCGCCCCGUUGUCACCUACACCCUCACAGAAUGGAAUGGAACACCCAUAAAAGGCACAUUUUAUGAAGAAGAUGUUCAAAAGGUUGUACUCCCCGAUGAGGCAUUAUUUCGGGUGGAAAAAGUGUUAAAACGAAAAGGAAAUCAAGUGUUUGUUGCGUGGAAAGGGUAG